GAGAGAUCAAUAUCCAGAGCGUUGCAACACAAACGGGUGUGACCAUACAUCCACUGCCCUGGUAUACAGGAGUCGACUCCUGCAUCUGUCCCUCGCCUCGGACGCUUGUUGUCUCUGUUUGCACCCAUCGUCUGCUCCCACGCCGCGUCCGCUCGCUCGUCCUCACCGCCGACUCGAAGGCUGGUCCUCGUCCGCUUUGUUUACCUUUUCCACAACCCGCCAUGAGCUUGAGCUUAUACCACCGCGCCCUGUCCAGUGUCUGAGAUCCUCCAAAUGGUCGUUGUCACCCCGGCCAUAGCCGCUCUCACCGGCGAGCUAACUCUCUUCCACACCACCGACCCACUCCUCUCCAAUUCGCCCAUCCUCGUCUUCUACGGCCCGGCGCCCUCCAUCUCCGCUGCCACCUCGCGCAUCCAGAUCCAUGUCUUCACCCCCGCCGGCUUCGAGUCCUAUCCGCGCGUCAGCAUCUCGCCCAAUGCCCCCUACUAUGCCGCUGUCAAUUCCCUCCCACGAGAGGAGCAGGGCGACCAAGUCUGUCGCGGUCUGGCCUUCGCUUUGUCAAAGUACUUUGCCGAAGUCCCUAGGCCUUCAAGAGAUGCAUGGGUGGCUCAAGCCUGUCCUUCCAAGAAGGCUGCUUCUGCCUUUGCCCUCUUCAGCGACGCCCAUGUCGCCAUCCUGGCCACUCGCAUGAACAAGGUCGACAAUCUGGACGAGAUCAUCGCCGAUAUACAACGCUCUCUGAGCGAGCAGACUGUCUCUUGGCUAGACCUUGACGUCGUCCUGCCCCCCGGUUCUGUCAGACCUAUCAAGUUGGAAGACGAAGAGCCCGAGCAAGAUAACGUCGACGAAGAUGAGCUGUGUGCCCUCCGAUAUGGUGACUAUGCGCCUUUCAUCAAGCUGAUGGGCGAGCCAGCUUUCCUUCCCACCUCCAAGCUACGGAGAGCCCCUUCGAAGCCUACCGCUAUCGGCCGUAGUCAGGCCUUUCUCAGAGACCAACGCGAUGUGGCUAGGAAAGAGAUGAACGAACUCGUCGAUACAGAGUCCAAUUACAUCAACAAGCUCUCUCUACUCGUGACUGACAUCGCUUCUGACUUGCGACAGAUCGUCCACAAUGAUGCCAUUCCUGUGUCAAAUCCCAUGGAGCGAACGAUUAACGAUCUGUUCCCUCCAUUUCUCGACAAGAUGCUAGAGCUCAAUUCUGCCUUCUUGGAGGCCAUUCGCACUGUGCUAAGCGAUACUGAAGACUCUGCUGUCGUAGACCUGUCCGACACUACCGAGGAAACUUCUCACCACGAUCCGAUAUCAGACACGAUCGGCCUCACAGAUUUCGCAAAGUGCCUAAUUGAAUGGUUCCCCAAAUUUGCCGAAUGCUAUCCCUCCUACAUGCAAGCACAUUCAAGAUUUCCGCGCUUAAUGAGGAGGCUGGCGCGUAUUGGGGAUGCAAGCAUUCUUGAGAAAAUUCAAGAGUUUGGAGAGAAGCGGCUGAAUUCUUUGCUCAUUGAGCCAGUGCAGCGUCUGCCACGCUACACCCUGUACAUCGAUAGCAUCGCAAAACAGCUCCCCGUGGCUCAUCCGGCACUGAAGCUACUGCUCAAAGCCCGUGACAUAGUCUCGGAGAUCUGUUCUCAAGACGCUCCUGGUGCUCAAGAAACAAAUAUCUGGGAACGUCUGCAACGUAUCGUCAAAUCAUGGCCGGAAGAGAUCGAGUCUGUCGGCCGACUGAUCACAAUAGUAGACGUAGUGGAGAUGUUCCCCCCAUUCGAGGACGGUCAUAGCCGUGGGAGUUCUGGCGUCCUCAUGUUGUUCACUGACUGCACCAUCUUUGUCGAAAAGCGAAGUCAGACAGCCAUGUCCGCACGAGCUUUACUGUCAGAGCUUGGGAAGCCAUUACUCGAGGAUCGUCGCGACUCGACCCGCCCUGUCACUCCGCCGUCUUUGCAUUUCGUUGACACGUUCAAUCUGAAAGACACUACUGUCACAGAAUAUCUCAACAGUCGUGCCAUCACCAUCAUGCCGUUAUCGCCUGGUCCGGAUCCCGGUAUCGCUUGUGAGCAGCGUGUCUAUUUGCUGGAGGGUCCGUACUCCGGCAAGGCCUCGAAAUUCCAGGAGGAGUGGACCAAGGCGCAGGUCGAAGGCCGUUUCACAGAAGAGGAGCGUGAGAAUGGGAAGUGGGAAGUCCGCAGUGCUCAGAUAGCUGGUGGAGAGCUGAAUUUGUUCAAUGCCAUUUUCGAAGGUUCUCAGAGGCAUCGUCAGGAAAGUCCCUCCGAAUCGGCGCGCAUUCGUGUUAUCAUCGACCCCAGCAAGCAUCCAAAUCGCACCGCUAUCGGAGAGAACGAACUGGAAGCCAGUGUGGCAUUGGAGAAGACAGAGAAGGGUCAGUGGCGCAUAUCCAUCGAGAGCGCUUUCUCCGUGGCAACACGUGAUAAAGUUGAUGAAGGAGAGUUUCUCUCUCUUCUUAUCCGACGACUCAGUGGUCUACUGGCAUCUCGCUUCUCCACCAAGAAUUCGGCAAUCACCUCGUCGUUUGUCCUUCGCAACCAGCAAGUCUUGGAUGAUCUGCAUCUCGAAUUCGAAAAGAAAGAAGUUGAGGUGACACUCGUGCCAGAGCCGGCUUCUGGUCAGGAACAUCAUCGUCCCAAGUCCCCGGUCAAGAUGAUCUCCAAUUUCCUCUCUCAGUCGGCCCACGGCCGUCAAACUCCCACAUCUAGGAAGCUUCCUCAGCUCAACGCGUUCUCUGAUGCUCCUUUACUCCUUCCAGAUAGUAGGGACGGGAGUCGACCUUCGUCUCGGGAUCAGCCUCUGCAGCUCUCUGUGACGCCCGAAAGAAACAACAGCGUGGCCAGUCCCUCAAAGAGAUUAGAGGACGCGCUGAAUACGUAUCUACUGGCACUUCUGGCUCGCAAAGGUAAUAUUGUAGGCAAAGUCGUGCAAGGCAGAUCGCGUGCAAAUGAGCUCUCUGUCAACGAGUUGUACAAUUCUCUGCUUGAAGACCCCAACAUGAUGGUGGUCGCAGCACAAUCAUCGAUCGAUGUCCUCUUCGCUGCCUUUGAGAAGUUCCUCAACGUUGCUUGGAAAGAAGGUGUCGGCGCUGUGAUGACAGCGACCCAGUUCCAGACCAUCCAGACCAAAGCUGAAAGUCUGUUCCCUGUUGACUUCGAACGAUACUUCAAGGACAGCUUUCACAAUAUGUCACCACCAAACCAACGAGCAUUGAGAGGCAUAGUGAAGCUACUUGCAGAGCUUCUAGACGGUACUGGCAACGAUGGUGAUCGUGGUAUCCUGACUGCAGCAUUUGUCGAGAUACUGGUUCCCGAUGGCAACCCAUACGAUUUCGUAUCACUGCUCGAUAGGUUCGUGGAGGAUAUCGAAUCGUUGUUCGGGGAGGUGGUACAGCCGAGAGAAAUAAGACCCACCCUAGGAUCACAUGGUCGCUCACGCUCUACUAACACUGCGUCUUUGACAUCGAAUACAUCGUCUUUCCGCAAGAAGUUUGGAUUUGGUUCCAGUACUAGCAGACCGGAACAAGACUAUAAGAUCUCGGUGUGGCGUACCCUGAGCAAGAGCACAAGGCUUCCUGAUCAACCUUCGAGCUUGUCCAGGGGUACAAUGCAGCGAGCGAAGACCACGGACGGUCAUGGAGGAUUGCCUGUUAGACCUUUCUCGCAAGAGGGACCAAGCAGGCAGCCAUCACCUCAGCCUCCUGAACGACCAAUGUCCCAUGACUCCACGUGGCACAACAAUGGUCCUUCGCUCGGCAGUAUUGGAGAGACACUUAGCCCACCCAACCCUUCACCUCACAGAAAAAAGCGGCGUAGCUCGCUGUCUGACCUCAAAUCUCUGGAACUCACUCUGAACGAGUCGCCAUUCAUAUCACCAUCAGCCAUGCGCUCUUUCGAAGAUUCACCCAAGGACCCUGUCGAAAGGACAAAGUCACCUUCACCUACGCUCACGAGGACCAGUGGAAUUCCUACGCUUGGGUCAACUCUAGGUUCGCCUAUCAGUGACCGACCUCGUUCACGUCUACCAUCAGCAUUCCGCAAGGAGAAUUCGCCAUUAAAUCAGCCCAGUCCAUCUCCUGCCUCAGCCAGACCAAGAAGCCUGGGCAAGCAACCAGAGGAAUUCGAUGCCAGUCCUGGACCGCUUGUGCGACGCGGUAGCAAGCAAGUGGGAGAUACGAGUCAUAGUCCUUAUUCCAUUGGGAGACGAGGCUCAAAGCACAUAGAUGAAGCACUUUAUCCUCUCGCUCGACGCGGCUCCAAGCAGGUGGAAGAUGGACACAAUGUCCUCGCGCGCCGUGGAUCGAAGCAAGUUGAUGACGCUGGCAGCACUACCCAUCCGACGCUCCGACGCAGUUCAAAUAUCCCACUGCUUUCUAGCAAGGUCGACAGACCGAAAACACCAUCCACGCCGACUACAAGAGCAGGACUUUCGGAACGCCCUACAGCGGGCAACGCAAUGCGUAUCAAGACAGGACAAACAGGUACCCCAGCAAAAGUGACCAUCAAGUCGCCGCCACCAAGCGCUACGCCAACCAGAAAGCUACGUAUGCAAUCACCGCAGAAACUUCGCGAACGCCUUCAAGACGAGCAUCGUGCUCUUGAUGCCGCACACUCAACUCUACAAGACGAACUCAGCCGCAUAGGAGAGGAAAUAACGUUGAAUCGUCACAACAGCGUUCUCCGCAACAAUGACUCACCAGCUCACCAUCAAUCCCCUAGUCAUGAUGUCCGCACUCGUCUUUCCACGCUCGAGGCUUCUCUGCCUUCUUCCAUUGAUUCUGUUGCGGCUCGUGUAGCUAAGAUCCAUGCCGAUGCUCUCUCUUCCCUCUCGGUCUCCGAAUCCAAAGCCAAGAAGUUGGAUGAGCUGUACCGUGAAGCCAAUGCGGAGAAUGAGGCACUGUAUGCCCGCUUCAACGACGAAUUGGCUCGAGUAUUGAAGGCUGUCAGAAGCGGGCAGGGGGUUGAUGAGUUGAAGAAUAAGAUGCGUGAGUCGCAGGACGAGGCUGGAAGGUUGAGAAGGGAGAAUGCAAGAUUGAAGCGCGAGGUCUUGGGGCUGAGAAGUCAAUUGAAAGAUUGAGAGAUGUUGUCUGAGACGACAUCGUGGUUAGUGCUAGUGGUGUUGGACAAAUGGGUGGUUGCUUGAUGGACUGGGUAAUGGUCACGACUUGGUAGAAGAGGUCAGGCCAGAAGGGACGGACGGAUUGAGAAUUUUGGCUUGGCAUGAAAGGAGAAAGGACGAGCGAGGAAGAACAUCAGGAAAAACCUGUAUCUGGAUCAUGAAGAAUGCGGUCACAGAUCCUGUCGCGACUACCUUACCUGUACACAGAGGUCGUCUUUUCAUCGUUGUUGUUUUUGCCGCAGUGUAUUAGCGAUGGCGCUUAUUCUUGUUUCUGGUUGAUGUUUUUCCUCAUAGCGACAUGCAGUACAGCAUCUUCUAGUCAAAAAAAAGCGUGUUCCAUAUCAUAUCGAUACAUCUAUCAAGCUUCUCGAU